GACUAUUGAAAAACAUAAACCAAUUAACAAGAAUGGCGAGUGAAAGGCAGAUAUGGGUAGUUCCAUUCUUCGGGCAAGGCCAUCUCUUCCCAUGUAUGGAACUAUGCAAGCAUAUAGCCUCUCGCAAUUUCAAAACUACUUUCAUCAUUUCCCCUAAUCUCUCUUCUUCCAUACCCUCUUCCUUCCCUGACCAUACUCUCAUCGAAGUUGCCCAAAUACCCUCUCCGCCGCCAACUCCUCCACCUGAGCUCAAUCCCAACCAUCCCCAUGGCCAUAACCACAACUCUGAUUUAGCUCAGGGCAUUGCUAAUCUGCUGAAGAAUGCCGCCGUACCUGCCUGUGCCGUGCUAGAUAUCAUGAUGGAUUGGACAGCAGACAUUUUCAAGAAGCAAAAGAUCCCAAUAGUUUUAUUUUUCACGUCGGGUGCUUGUUCUGCAGCUUUUGAGCACGCCAUGUGGAAGGCUGGCGUAGUGGAUAUCAAGCCUGGAGAGACCCUUUUGCUUCCCGGUUUACCUAAAGAAAUGGCUUUGACAUGUUCUGAUCUUAAACAUGGCCCACCUCCUGGACCGCCUCCUGGGGUUAGGGGAUUCGGGUUUCCACCUCCGCCUCCAGGACCACCACAACCACCACCGCAACCAGGUGGACAACCGCCCUGGAUAGAUGCUGCCAAGGACUCAGUUGCAUUGAUGCUCAAUACUUGUUGUGAUCUUGAGGGUCCAUUUCUUGAUUAUUUAGGAAUCCAAAUUGGCAAACCAGUUUGGGGUGUUGGACCCUUAUUGCCCCAACAGUUCUGGAAAUCAUCCGACUCCUUGCUUCACGAUCGUGAAAUUCGAGCCAACAGGCAGUCCAACGUAACUGAGGACGAAGUAAUGGAAUGGUUAGAUUCAAAUCCACAUGGAUCAGUGCUGUACGUAUCUUUUGGUAGUGAAGUUGCUCCCACCAAGCGAGAACUCGAGCAACUGGCUGAUGCAUUAGAAGCCUCAACCAGAUCAUUCGUUUGGGUAAUCCAACAUGGCUCGGGCAGACCAGGUCCACCACCUGGACAACCUGGAAAUCAACCUGGUUCGAGCUACUUCCCGCAUGGUUUGGAUCAAAAGGUUGGAAAAAGAGGACUGAUAAUACACGGAUGGGCACCUCAGUUGUUAAUAUUAAGCCAUGGAUCAACGGGUGGGUUUCUAUCACAUUGUGGAUGGAAUUCGACAGUGGAAGCUAUCGGACGUGGGGUGCCAUUACUGGCAUGGCCGAUCAGGGGUGACCAGCACAGCAAUGCCAAAUUGGUGGUGAAUCAUCUCAAAGUGGGGUGCAUGAUUUCUGAUGAUCUAUCUCAACAAAACAUCAAGGCAGAUGAUAUUGCUAAGGGGAUUGAGAAGUUGAUGGGAAAUGAAGAGCUGAAAAGGCAAGCUUUGAUGCUUAGCAUGAAAUUUCAUCAGGGUUUCCCCUCGAGUUCAGUUGUUUCUUUGGACGCUUUUAAGGAUCAUAUUGUUAACCUAAAUGCAGAUUAAGCACAAGAUGGAAUCCAUUUUGUAAUGCCUCUUUAUUUCAUCAACAUAAUACGGGGAUUAUAGUUUACCUUAGUAAUUUCUUUGGCUUGGGCAUCCCGAUGCUGAGGGGAUAUGUAUUUAGUUCUAUUUUCCUUCAUUUCUACCUAGAAAAAAAAAACGGUGCAUUUAUGUGAUCGUUAAAGUUCAAAUUUUGUUAUGUAUAUAGACAUUAAAACUUCCAUUACUUUCCUGGAGAUUCCAUCUGCAAAA